AUGGAGGGUGUUUAUUCGGAAUCUGAUAAUUCGGAAAAUAUCAUCCCAUCCUCAGAUCUUGAACCUCCACCUCCUGUGAAUUACAUCUUAUCUAAAUCCAGGAAUGGCUGCGUACUAGCUGAAGAAUCAUCAAAUCAGGAAUUUGGUGUGAGCGAGAAAUUCACAUGGAAUGCCUCUUCGUCAAUUUUGCGGGCUGUUACGCAACAAGAUGAUUUCGAAGAUAUUCGGUGUUCAUCUUUGAAUGAAGCCGCCGGCGAAACUUCUUUGGACAGCCUUUCUCGCGACAUUUCACUGCAUACACUACAGGUACCUUCCGGAGCAGAUUCGCCAACCAACUGCCAAAAGUCUGUCUCCUCACCAAUCCGCUCAACGUUGUCCAGUGAGGUGUUGGAAAACAUAAAAAAAGUUAAUCCAAAAAGAAUGGACCAAAUGGACAAGAUUCUAUCGACUACUCUUGGUGUUCGGGCCUCUCUCCCGAUAGCACCUCCUAAACAUGCCCAGCGCUCUUCUGCUACUCGCUUCAGAUCAUUGGCAAACAUGGAGCCUAAUUUCUGUUCCACCGACUCCCUGAUCUCUACCCCUAUUGGUGCCACCACAACCAACACUACAUCGGAUCGCACUACUCGAUCGGGUUCUGAUUUGUUCAGGUCAGACUCCUCAGGUUUCAGCAAACCUCUGGUGCUACCGGGGAACUGCAGAAAUACUGUGUCCACGUCAACCGCGACUGAUGAUCAGGAGGCCUCACCCGCUUUUUCCUACACCCUCUCGUUGUCUGUACUCCGCCACUCCUCUAAGGUGGAAAAAACUGAUCUUGUGGAAUUCAAAAUACCCGAUUUUACAAAGACGGUUACUUGGCAGUCACGAAUACGAAGAGUGGAUGAGGACGCAGCUGCUGCGGUCUCAGAAGCAGCUAAGGUGUUGGCUGACUCCCUCGGAGAUUGGCUACGAGAGCUUUUUACCUCUGAUAGUGAGGGACCGCAGUGUGAUUACAAUCGAACACCUGCAACUGUGAUUGCCCAACAUCAGAGCAUCUUUGAUGUUCGCGUCUCCUCCUCGUCCUCUGAGUAUUUUUUGCCGCUGAAAAUGAAUGCGCUGACAAAGAGACCGGAAACUAAUGGUCAAGGGCCACCAAAGAACGUCACCGAUGGAACCAUUGAUAGGGAACAACGAGGUGUAUUAGUCUAUGCCAAGUGGUACUCCAAUAAGUUUUUUUACGCCGGACAAAUAGCCGAGACUUCCGCUGAGGAUAAGUUUCGUAUAUUAUUUGACGACAGCUCACAAAAAAACGUGACGGGCAAAAACAUAAUCCUCGCCGAACUCCUCCCUAUUGGGGCAAAUGCAAGUUUACUUGACGAGCAAACUACUUCUGUCUCAAUCCAAACACAGAUGUUUUUUUCCAUUUAUUCUACUCUCCAUGUUUAUGCUGAUAUAUCAGGCAAGAGUGAAUAUGAAGUUGGGUACUUGGUAUCGGGCCACGUGAUCGGCACUACACCGCCCUCUUAUAUCGUCAAACGCAUUGAGGAUAAUGAAGUUUUCCAACUCGAACGUAAACGGGUGGCGAUUGUCUUGGAAUCAAUGAUUCAUCUCCUUGCCGCCGGUCAAAUAUCAACAGUAGGCAGCCGGUCAGACAUAUCCUCCGUAACGAGUGGCACUUCAUCAUUCAUCUCUCCCACCUCCUCCUCCUCCUCCCCUUCAAAAUAUGUCCCUCGUGUUGUCUUAUCAAAAGUAGUCACUCCAAAUACUCCCGUCGGGAGUUCUGUCCGUAGAAAGCGUGUCUUGACCGAGGUGGGCCGGAUAGCAGAGCGGGCAGUUCCCGCAAAACGCUUGAUGCGGAGAAAGACAGCACCACAGCAGAAGAGGAGAAGUCCUUCUGUCUCGACGCCUUCUCUUGCCUCGCGUAGCUUAGAGUCGGCCAAACAGCGGCGGACUAGGUCAGGAGCAAAAGUCUCCGCUCAGCGGCAGGAGUUUAAACGGAAACAUAGUGGAUUCAGUCGUAGGGAGAGCCAGAUAUGGGUUGUCGGUCGUCGAGCAGUCGCUCGGGCUUCACGCGCCUCAAUGCGUUUCAGCAGCACCUCACGUAGCUCUUCUCGUUCCAGAAGAGCUCCUCGGACGAGGCCCUCUGGAAAGCGACGAAAAUUUUCCUCUCCUCUGGACAACACAAUCACUCCAUCACUACCGACACUCACCGUAGAGACAUCGAUUGAGCAGCAGGAAACGCCACCUCCGGUCGUUCCUGUAUUACCUCCACUCUUGAGUGAAUCCGCUAUAUCGCUUAAAGACCAGUCCAUGCGCACCGCGGAGUCGGAGGAGCUCAGACGAAUGUGCCAGCGACAUCGCAUUCCCCUGCCUCACCCCGACCUCUUUUCUCAGUGGUGUGUUGUCCGCACAAAAGGCGUUAACUCAACUGAUUUAAAGGGCAUUCGAAUCGCCUCCAGUAGCCCUCAUGCCAGGAAGCAGUUUUCGGUUUGUGAAAAUGCCAGCUUUCUGCGAUUGCUGAUCACGGCUGGCGGUGGCCAAAAUAUGGAACUGCUCGACGCCGACUGCGUUUCCCCCACCGGUCGGCUGGUGACGCCGGAGGAAGAGGCCGUUGUGUCCAAGGCAAAGCGCCCGCACAUUGUUCUGAUCGCGUCCUCAGCUAAGCGCACCGUCAAGUUCCUGCAAGGGUUGGCCACUCUGGGUCGUGUGCCUCUGGUGCACCCCGUCUGGCUCCUUGAUGCUUGCUUUCUUGCCGGUGGCAGGGAGCCACUCGUUGCUGACUCUGAGGUCGUCUCCAAAAUAGUCACUCUUGCUACCGAACCUGCCGACAUACCCUUUGAGCUGCUCCGACGGUCGGCGCGCACGCUCUACGAGCUCCCCAGGGGUGUGGACAGAAUCACCAACCAAACGGUUUUACCGCACAACGUUCCAGCAUGGUUCAUCGAACCGCUGGAUGUAUUUGGACCAAAAACAUUGUUAGCGCUGGGAGGCUACACCUCAUCGAGGAUAAUCGCGAUAGUGACAGAUGACUUCCCCGGCUUCGGCAAGGGGUGGUUUUCCAUCCUACGACACGCAAUGUACACUGAGAGCGGAGUGCCUGCGACUGACGGGAUGCCGAAGAUAAUUACCUCCGCAGAAAGUGUCGAUCAACUCAACAGGCUGAAGACGAUGGAGGAUGCACCCACUUGCAAAUCAAAUAUCGUCUUGGUCGACCAGGAAAGGAUUCCAGAAGAUACAGUUCCGCAAAUAGAAUCCAUGGGGUUCACAGUUAUAAACAAGGAGUUUCUGAUUCAGUCCCUCAUUCACGGAAAGAUGCUCGAUCUGAAGUACGGGACCACGUGGAAGGAGUGA